AUGGCGCUGCGGCUGCGGGACUCAGGAAUGAAGGUCCACAGGCCUGCCUUGCUCCUCCCACCAGUUCAUAGUGCCCAGCCCAAAUCUCAGUGGUCCCCAGCGGCCAUUGGCCUGCUGUCCUUGUCACCUCUGCUACGACUGCACUUUCCCAGUGACUACCUCCCAGUCAUCCCUUCUCCCUCCUGGCGGCAUCGUGAUCGCCGCUGCACUACAGAAUACAGAUGCUCAUGUCCCCUCUCAGACCUGAAGUGUAAGUUUCUUCUGUUAUAUGGAAACAUUGAUAGCUUAAUCUUCUGCAUCAAAUGCUACCCACAGGCCAAUCCUAAAAUAGGGGAGCCUGAAUUCAAGUACAUUGGGAAUAUGCAUGGUAAUGAGGCGGUUGGACGGGAGCUGCUCAUUUUCUUGGCCCAGUACCUGUGCAACGAAUACCAGAAGGGGAAUGAGACCAUUGUCAACCUGAUCCACAACACGCGAAUUCACAUCAUGCCGUCCCUGAACCCCGAUGGUUUUGAGAAGGCGGCCUCCCAGCCUGGUGAGCUCAAGGACUGGUUUGUGGGUCGAAGCAAUGUCCAGGGCAUAGAUCUGAACCGGAACUUUCCAGAUCUGGAUAGAAUUGUUUAUGUUAAUGAGAAAGAAGGAGGACCCAAUAAUCAUCUGUUGAAAAAUCUGAAGAAGAUUGUGGACCAAAACACAAAGCUUGCUCCUGAAACCAAGGCUGUGAUUCACUGGAUUAUGGACAUUCCUUUUGUGCUUUCUGCCAAUCUCCACGGAGGAGACCUGGUGGCCAAUUACCCGUAUGAUGAGACUCGCAGCGGCAGUGCUCAUGAAUACAGCUCCUGUCCUGACGAUGCCAUCUUCCAAAGCUUGGCUCGUGCAUACUCUUCCUUCAACCCCGCCAUGUCUGACCCCAAUCGGCAGCCCUGUCGCAAGAAUGACGAUGACAGUAGCUUUAUCGACGGGACAACCAAUGGUGGUGCUUGGUACAGCGUACCUGGUGGACUCUGUAUAGAGAGGUCUUCCAAGAGCAAAGUUCACUGUGCUUUCAGAUACAAAUGUCUUGGUUGUUCUUGCCUUUUGCAGAUACAUCGAGGAGUGAAAGGGUUCGUCCGCGACCUUCAAGGGAACCCGAUUGCCAAUGCAACCAUCUCAGUGGAAGGAAUAGACCAUGACGUCACCUCGGCCAAGGAUGGUGAUUACUGGAGAUUGCUUGUACCUGGAAACUAUAAACUUACAGCCUCGGCUCCAGGCUAUCUAGCAACCACAAAGAAAGUGGCAGUUCCUUACAGCCCUGCGGUUGGGGUUGAUUUUGAACUGGAGUCGUUUUCAGAAAGGAAAGAAGAGGAGAAAGAAGAGUUGAUGGAAUGGUGGAAAAUGAUGUCAGAAACUUUAAAUUUUUAAAGAAGCUUCUAAUUAGCUUCUUUUCACCUCUCAUCGAUCUCAUGUAGUAUGAUGUAAUGUGGCCACUUUAUUUUAGAUUUUGUGCAGUUCAUAUUUAACAUUGAUUUAUUUUUUAAUCGUUAAAUAUUAAUCAACAGUACUUAAAUAGACUCUUAGGUAGAAAUAUAAGAAACGGAUCUAUUUUAUUCUUCUGCAGAGCAUUCAUUUUCCUACACAGAGGACUGUAGAAAAAUCCUAAGUAGUUCUGGCAACUUAAUGCACUAUUCCGGGUGUUAUUUACAAUGCCGAACUUUUUGAGUCAUUCUAGUUUUCACAAUGAAUUAGUGAAGCUCUUUUCAUGUCACUUGGGUCAAUGCUGCAUAAUGAAUGCCAUUGAUAAAGUCAACAGAUCCAGCUUGGAGUUGUGAGCGCUCUCCUGCAAGAAUUAAAUAGUGGAGUAUCAAUUGCCAUUUGUCUCUUGUGCUGAUGAGCUGUGUAAGCAUGUUCCUGUUACUGCAUUUCUGAUGGGAAGACAAUGUCCACGGGUAACAAGAGAUGUUACGAAAAGAAAGGAAGUUGACUUCGUGCUUGUAAUUAUAAGGGCGAUAUUGUUAUGACUAUUUAGCCUGUUAAUACUCCUUCAGAGUGUAGGGCUUCCUUGGUAGCUUGGCCUAGAACUGCAUUCUGAAUUAAUAAAGGUUAAAAAAUA